CACAUCCCGCAGCCACAUCCCUUGGGUGCAGCAGGGGUCCCAGGCAGGGCCACUGCGGCUACAGCAGUGGCUUGAGCAGGAGCCUCCUUGGCUGGGAGGAGCUUGGGAGGCCCCUGCCAGCCUGUCGCCAACUGGGCGCUGGCACUGGCUCCAGCUGCACACACGCACUCUGGUAGGCAUCCCCUUGGUGGCCUCCACGGUCUCACCUUCAGGCUGGAAGCUGGCUCUGCAAGCACAGCGACAUGAGAGGCACGCUGCAGACCCACCUCCUGGCUGUCUCCCUCCUCUACCUCCUCUCACAGGUGUGCGCCCAGCUGUGCCCGACACCCUGUGCCUGCCCCUGGCCACCACCCCGAUGCCCACUGGGGGUGCCCUUGGUGCUGGAUGGGUGUGGCUGCUGCCGGGUUUGUGCACGGCGACUAGGGGAACCCUGCAAUCACCUCCAGGUCUGCGACUCCAGCCAGGGCCUGGUCUGCCAGCCCGGGGCAGGCCCUGGUGGCCGGGGGGCCGUGUGCCUCUUGGGAGAGGAUGACGGGAGCUGCGAGGUGAAUGGCCAGCGGUUCCGUGACGGAGACACCUUCCAGCCGCAUUGCAGUGUGCACUGUCGCUGUGAGGACGGUGGCUUCACCUGCCUGCCACUGUGCGCGGAGGACGUGCGGCUGCCCAGCUGGGACUGUCCCCAGCCCAGGAGGGUGGCAGUCCCCGGCAGGUGCUGCCCUGAGUGGGUGUGCAACCAGGGAUGGGAGCUGCGGGCCCAGCACCUCCCAGCCCAAGGACGCCAGGUUUCCGGCCUUGUCUCUCCACCCCCUGGCAUCCCUUGCCCAGAAUGGAGCACGGCCUGGGGCCCCUGCUCUACCACCUGUGGGCUGGGCACGGCCACCCGGGUGUCCAACCAGAACCGCUUCUGCCAACUGGAGACUCAGCAUCGCCUGUGCCUGCCCAGGCCCUGCCCGCCAGUCAGGGGCCACAGCCCACUGGACAGAGCCUUCUAGAGCCGGCUGGGAAUGGAGGUGCACUGUCCUGUGGCCCCUGCACGUGGCCUUGGCUGCAGGCGGCAGUCCAGCUCGGGUCCACCAUCUGAGGCCAACGGACAGGAGCCCUGACUGCGUUACCCGGUCUGUGUGCGGUACAGUGGGGUGCGGGGAGCACACGAGCCCCCUGCUUCCCCUGGUCUCGUCCAGCCUUGUCUGACAUGCACACAGGCAAGCCUUCACUCCAUGUCCCCUAAAUACCUAAGCUGUGGCAGGUGCUGGGCGAACCUGGCCACUGCAGAGAAGAGGGGCACACAGGGGCUCUCAGACCCCUGCUUCCUCUCUUCC